AUGGCGUCUCCCACUACAGCAAAGAGCGUUCUUAUUGUUGGUGCGACCGGAUACAUUGGAGGCUCAAUCCUUACCGAACUCUUGCAAUCCGCCGAGGCGUCUGAAUUGACCAUCUCAGCCUUGAUCCGUCGACCAGAACAGGCGGCCCGACUCCAGUCUCUCGGAGUCAAGCCUCUGAAAUUCAAUGGCCUGGACGACCUUGACGCAUGUAGAGAGGCGGCUUCCCAGCAUGAUGUGGUAAUCAAUGCCGCAUCUGCCUCCCACGAUAGCUCAGCCAAGGCCUUGAUAGAAGGGUUGAGCCAGAGGCAGAAAGCUACUGGCAAAGAUACGUACAUGAUCCAUACCUCUGGCACGUCAAUCCUGGGAGACCAUCCCUACACCGGUACGCCCCAGAAUCAGAAAAUCUGGUCGGACGAGAAGGACGACGUCUACGCCAUGGAGAAGAACCAUCCCGAGCGCUACGGGCAACGGGUCACCGAUGUCGCGGUUGUCGAGACAGGAUUGAGUCUUGGUGUCAAGACGUAUAUCGUCGUUCCUCCCACUAUCUAUGGCAAAGGAUCCGGUCCAUUUGCGACACUAAGUCAACAGGUGCCCAAUCUUGCGCGCCUUGCCCGCAAACGAGGCCGUGCUGCCGUCAUUGAGAGUGGAGCUGGUAUCUGGAAUCAUGUCCACAUCCUGGAUCUGGCAAACUUCUAUCUCCUCCUCUUCCGGGCUGUGCGAGAACAACCUGACUGGCUUCCAUCGGGCCCCAGGGCCGUCUUCUUCGUCGAGAGUGGAGAGCAUACAUGGCUACAGGUUAGCCAGGGUAUUGCUGACGCUCUGCACAAGCAGGGACUAUUAGACAAUAACAAAGUCGAGUCGAUCAGUAUGAAGGAAGCAGCAGCAGAAAUCACUGGGGGCAAUGAGAGUCUCGUGGAAAUCACUCUUGCGUCCAAUUCCCGGGCGAGAGCCGAUUUUGCUCGCAUUCGGCUGGGGUGGAAGACAUCCAGGGGCGAUGAAGAUUUUCUGAAUCACUUCGAUGGGGAGAUUGAAGCCAUGAGAGAAGAGCUACAGGCGUCUAAGUAG